GUCUCUGAUAGGCCAAUUCACCCAGUUUCCAGGACAACUCUAAAACAUAAUGGUUUCACUGAAGAAUCCUACGUCCUGACUUGUCAUUUAAGGUUGUUUCAAGGUUCGCCUUAACAUGGAGGAGGAAGUGGCUGAGACUGUAGCAAUAGGUGAAACCGACGUAGAUUUAAAUAAGUACGACAAUUCUCAGUGUAAUACUGCGGAAGCUUCAGAGGAAAACUCUGGAGUAGAAAAAACACUCAACCCAAAUCAGAAUGCCACACCCUCUGAUCAAGUUGAGAAAGAACAUACAGACACAGACCAAGACCUAAGUCAGAUCACAGGAGAGGAGGGCCCAUUAAGCCAUACUGCAGAAGACUCCACAACAAAGGCUUUUGAAGUUCAGGAAGAAAGGGAAGAAGAAAGCAGGGGAGAGGGAGACAUAAAUGCUGGCUUACCAACUAGUGAAGCAUUUGAAGAGGGGGAGGGUCCUGAAAUGGAGCCCCUCAUCGGUGAACCACUUACGCGUGAAGGAAGCAUUAAAGGAGAAUAUGAUGAUAUCACUGAGAACGACAAUGGGCCUCCAAGAAUAGAUCCAGGGACACCAGAGGGAGAAAGAAGCAGCUCUGACUCUGAGAGCCCUGAGCAGGUUGAGGAGGCAGAGGUUGAAGAAGACACUGGCAUUGAUUACAUGGAAGUCCUGACAGAGCUUCAGAAUGAGAAGGAAAAGUUGAACCAGCACAAUACCCAGAUGCAGUAUAAACUCGUGGAGUACUUUCGACGGAAGACCGGCGACGAGGCCAAGCCUGAACGGGAGAGAGACAAGGCUGUGUCAGACCAAGAACAGCGCUACCAGAAGUACAUCGACAUCAUGGAGGGCCUGAAGAACCAGCAACGUCGUGACUCAGAGCUCCACCAGCAGCAGGCUGAGGAGCUGCGUCAGCAGGUGCAGGCAAAGCUGGGGCAGACGGACCAGGAGUGGCACGCCUUCAUGGAGCAGAAGCGUGCUGUGGCCGUGGCUGUACUGAGCCGGCGCCUGGGCAAGCAGGCAGCGCAGGCCGAGGUGGAGCAGAUUCAAGUGGCCGAACAGCGUCGUGAAAGCGAGCUGGUGGCCGUGCGCCUGGAGAACAUCAAGCUCAAGAAUAAGACAGGCAAGCUUGAGGCGGAGCUGCGCUCCAAGGAGGAGCUGGCCGAAGGCCUGCACCUGAUCGACUUCGAGCAGCUGAAGAUUGAGAACCAGACGUACAACGAGAAGAUCGAGGAGCGUAACGAGGAGCUGCUUAAGCUCCGCAAGAAGAUCACCAGCACCGUGCAGGUGCUCACGCACGUCAAGGAGAAGCUGCAGUUCGUGCAGGUGGAGAACCAGGCCAGGCGCGUGCAGUUGGCCGACGUGGAGGCCCUGGUCGCUCUUAAGAGGGACGCACUCACACGGACCAAGCAGGCUCGUGACGGCCUGCGCAUGGACAACCUACGGCUACGCCAGCGCUGCGGUCUCCUGGGGAACCAAACUCUGCUGCGCGACUUUGAGGAGAAGGUGGACACCUCCGAGGCCCUGGAGCAGAGGCUGGAGAUGCUAAAGAGGCGGCAUGCUGAGCUCAUCCUCAAGUGUGCCGGAGUCAAAAAGAAACUGGAGCAAACAAAACUGGCAGAGCACUGACACCUACUGGCUCCAACACAAACUGCAGACAAUUAUAACAUGCUAAACACUUCUCUGAGCUCUGGGUCUGUUAAAAUAAUGGAAUGUGAUGAAUA